AUGCCUGAGCUUGGAUCGCGAAAGAUCCAAGAGCUACCUGAGAUUAAAGAGGAGGGUGUAUCGGCAUCAGCAUCGGCGUCACCGACCAUUCCUCCAAGUCCGAAACAGACACCGCAGCGGAGCAACAAAACUCCAACGUCUAGAAAAGCUCGACAAGACAAAUCCAAGUCUCCAGAGGAAGAAGUGGCCGCGAUCGUCUCUCGGUCGGUACAACCACUGCCACAAGCAGAAGCAAACUCGGACGCCGACGCCAAUACCACGUCAGAGCCUAGUACCCCCCCGAAUGUUCCUCCCAAUGUCCUGGCCGCCUACCGCACUCCUCUCCGCCAUCCACUUACCCACGGCGUCCCCGUGGCCCAGCUCCAGCUUCGGAGCUACAGCGUGCGCAAUCUGGAGUUUUAUGCAGAUUUUGCUGUCCGUGCUGCCUUUUACUUGGGUCUCCCGUGCACGGGGCCUGCUCCUCUCCCGCGGAGAAGGGAACGAUGGACAGUGUUGAAAAGCAACUUCGUGAACAAGAAGGCGCAGGAAAACUUUGAGCGGAUCACACUGAAACGCCUGGUCACGGUAUUUGACGGUCAGCCUGAGGUGGUGGAAGUCUGGUUGGCGUUCCUGCGCAAGUGGCAGUUCUAUGGCGUGGGCAUGAAAGCCAACGUUUGGCAAUGGGAGGGACUCGACGUCGCCGGGAAAAUGGAUCGCGACUUUAGCGCUCUCGAGAAAGAACUGGACGACAAAUUACGCCUGUUUGGCUUCAACAAGUCCUCCGCCGACAAGAACGAUUUGCUUCGCAUCAUGGCCAAACAAGGCCAUAGACAGGUGGGUGUGGGCAUGUCUGAGGUCAGAGAAGGGUCAAGGACGACGAACGAUCCAUAUUGA